GCCCCUCCUUCCCUUCCGGCCCCGUGUCGUCACUUCCGCUGCGGCAGCCGCGCCGUGCGUCGUUGCUAGGAGACGUGCGUGGUGACGUCAGGGGCGGGCGCCGCGGUCGAUCAGCUGGUGGCGGAGCUGCGGGCCGCGGCGGCGGCAGCAGGGACCCCGGCGGCGCCAUGGGGGAGCUGUUCCGCAGCGAGGAGAUGACCCUGGCGCAGCUCUUCCUGCAGUCCGAGGCCGCCUACUGCUGUGUCAGCGAGCUGGGCGAGCUGGGGAAGGUCCAGUUCCGCGACCUGAACCCGGACGUGAACGUGUUCCAACGUAAAUUUGUUAAUGAAGUCAGGAGGUGCGAAGAAAUGGACCGCAAGCUGAGGUUCGUUGAGAAGGAGAUUAAAAAGGCAAAUAUUCCUAUCAUGGACACUGGUGAAAACCCAGAGGUGCCUUUUCCACGUGACAUGAUUGACUUGGAGGCAAACUUUGAGAAAAUUGAAAACGAGCUUAAAGAAAUCAACACAAACCAGGAGGCUCUGAAGAGAAACUUCUUGGAGCUGACAGAGUUAAAAUUUAUACUGCGUAAAACUCAGCAAUUUUUUGAUGAGGCUGAAUUGCAUCAUCAGCAGAUGGCGGAUCCAGACCUGUUGGAGGAAUCCUCGUCGCUCCUGGAGCCAAGCGAGAUGGGAAGAGGUGCCCCGCUACGGCUUGGGUUUGUGGCUGGAGUGAUCAACCGCGAGCGAAUCCCCAUGUUUGAGCGCAUGCUGUGGCGAGUGUGCCGAGGGAACGUGUUCCUGCGUCAGGCAGAGAUCGAAAACCCCCUGGAGGAUCCUGUAACGGGGGAUUACGUGCACAAGUCUGUGUUCAUCAUCUUUUUCCAAGGUGACCAGUUAAAGAACAGAGUCAAGAAGAUAUGUGAAGGGUUCCGUGCCUCCCUCUACCCGUGUCCAGAAACACCACAGGAGCGGAAGGAAAUGGCUUCUGGUGUCAAUACCAGAAUUGAUGAUCUUCAGAUGGUGCUGAACCAAACAGAGGAUCAUCGCCAAAGGGUUCUGCAGGCAGCUGCUAAAAAUAUCCGUGUCUGGUUCAUCAAAGUACGCAAGAUGAAGGCCAUCUACCAUACCCUGAACCUGUGCAAUAUCGAUGUGACACAGAAGUGCUUGAUUGCUGAAGUCUGGUGUCCCGUUGCUGACCUUGAUUCUAUCCAGUUUGCUCUCAGGAGAGGCACUGAGCACAGUGGAUCCACUGUCCCAUCCAUUUUAAAUAGGAUGCAAACUAAUCAGACCCCACCAACAUACAACAAAACUAACAAGUUUACUUGUGGCUUUCAAAACAUUGUUGAUGCUUAUGGCAUUGGAACUUAUCGGGAAAUAAAUCCAGCACCAUACACAAUCAUUACCUUCCCAUUUCUGUUUGCUGUGAUGUUUGGAGAUUUUGGCCAUGGAAUCCUGAUGACUCUGAUUGCUGUCUGGAUGGUGUUUAGGGAAAGUCGUAUUCUGUCACAGAAAAGUGACAAUGAGAUGUUCAACACUGUUUUUAGCGGUCGAUACAUCAUUCUACUGAUGGGACUAUUCUCCACUUACACGGGCCUCAUCUAUAAUGACUGCUUCUCCAAGUCUCUUAAUAUGUUCGGUUCAUCAUGGAGCGUUCGGCCAAUGUUCUCAAAAGGCAAUUGGUCAGAUGCUCUGCUGGAGACUACUCCUCUGCUUCAGCUGAACCCUGCUAUUCCAGGGGUGUUUGGUGGACCGUAUCCCUUUGGCAUUGACCCGAUCUGGAAUAUCGCCACCAAUAAGCUGGCCUUCCUCAAUUCAUUUAAGAUGAAAAUGUCUGUGAUUCUUGGCAUUAUCCACAUGCUCUUUGGUGUCACGUUGAGUCUUCUCAACCACAUAUAUUUUAAGAAGCCACUGAACAUUUACCUUGGAUUUAUUCCAGAAAUUAUUUUCAUGUCCUCACUGUUUGGGUACCUUGUUAUUCUCAUUUUCUACAAAUGGACAGCCUACGAUGCUCACACGUCAAAGGAUGCACCAAGCCUUUUAAUACACUUUAUCAACAUGUUUCUGUUCUCCUAUGGUGAUACCAGUAACAAGAUGCUUUACAAAGGGCAGCAAGGGCUCCAGUGUUUCCUGGUGGUGGUGGCGUUACUGUGCGUGCCGUGGAUGCUGGUAGCUAAACCUCUGGUCCUUCGUCAUCAGUAUUUAAGGAGAAAGCACUUGGAAGGGCAGCCCGUGGAGGCCCAAGUCAGCACAGUCCCGAACGAGCAGGCACUAGAGGCAGCAGCGGCUGCAACAGGGACACACAACUUUGGCGGGAUCCGGGUGGGCAAUGGACCAACCGAGGAGGAUGCUGAGAUCAUUCAACAUGACCAGCUGUCAACCCAUUCUGAGGAGGGGGAAGAGCCUACAGAGGAUGAGGUGUUCGACUUUGCCGACACGGUGGUGUACCAGGCAAUCCACACCAUUGAGUAUUGCUUGGGGUGCAUCUCAAACACCGCGUCCUACCUGAGGCUCUGGGCUCUCAGCUUAGCCCAUGCACAGCUCUCGGAGGUGCUCUGGACCAUGGUGAUCCACGUUGGCCUCAGCGUGAGGAGUCUGGGUGGAAGCUUUGGCCUCUUCUUCAUAUUUGCUGCUUUUGCUGCCAUGACGGUAGCAAUUCUCCUGGUCAUGGAGGGCCUGUCUGCUUUUCUCCAUGCUCUUCGUUUGCACUGGAUUGAGUUCCAGAACAAGUUCUACACUGGCACUGGGUUCAAGUUCCUCCCCUUCUCCUUCGAUACCAUCCGCGAAGGGAAGUUUGACGAUUAGAGAUCCCUCUGCUCCAGCAGUGUUAAGCGUCUGUGACCUAUGGCUAGUACUGUCCCGUGUGUCUGACUUGCAUGUGCUCCUCCCCUAGUGAAAAUAACUUAUUGCAGCAGAUUCGAGUGUUACCGUGGAAUUUCGAAGCCGAGAGCUUUGGCGUUCCCGAGUAGUGAGUGACACCGGAUCCAAGAAACUGCUCCUUCCUGACGUUUACCGCUGAAGAUACCAAGUGCAUGAAGUGUCAGUGUGGUGUGUGACAGUGUCCUCGUGCUGUGAGCUUCCUGGCAGGCUUAUCAGGGCAGCGGGAGAAAAACGCAGCUACAGCUGAGUGGGCACAAAAGCACAUGGAGAAGAAAAGGCGAGGCAACUUCAGCUUGCAUAAAGCUUGCUGCUCAGGAAGAGAUCUUCACAGGAAGCUUUACGUGUGGAUCCGAGUCUCUGCCUCUGAUUAAAUUAUGAGCAAUGGGCAGUUCAGGGUCUGUUUCUCCUCCCUCCAGUGCUUCCCCAUGUGCAAUGUUUCUUAAUCUGGCAAAAACACCCUCUUACCCUUGGAGAUUCAGCUCUUCUCUGAACUCUGGACAAGGCUUGAGGUGCUGGGAUGAAGGGGCACGGCUCAGGGGGCCUCAACGAAGUGCAGGGCGGUUCUCUUUGCGCUUAGUGAUGGGGAAACACCCGCCCUUUGCCUGGCUUGGCCUUGUUUCUGGGGUCUGGUGAGCACAGGGGCUUUGCUGCCCUGCUGCUGCCUGUGUGCAGGUGCCUUGGGGCCAGCCUGCACAGAUCAGCCUAAAAACACGUCCGGAAAGAUGGACGGAGAGAGAUUGGGUGGUUUUUGGGCAGACGUGGGGUACAUCAGAAAGUGCUGUGGCAUUUCUUACAGGUAGCACCAGGUAGAACGCGUCCCCACUGUGCACGUCACAGCAGCGGGAGCAGCUUUUGCAGAAGCAGAGGUCCCCGUGCCUACGCUGUCGUGGCGAGGGUCUAAGAGGACCUUCAAGAGAGAAGAGAGGCUGGGUCUUCCCCAGAGGGUCCUCCCCCAAAAAAAUUCACCGUGGCACCGGAGUCUCCGCCGUAAUUUCCCCCCGCAGCCGUUGCUUUUUCUCCUGCGCGAGAUGAGCGAGUUCCUGCCCUCACCGUGCCGUAGCUGUAGGAGCAGUGUGUGUGUGUGUGGCCGUGUUGUGUGUCAACGUGUUGUUUUUAAUUGUCACAGUGGAUCUGGAGUAUUUAUGUAUGGACAGCUUAGAAUAAUCACAAGGAUCAUCGUAACCUGGAGCUGAAGAAGAAAUGCCACGCGGCGCAGGGCUGGUGAGAGGGGGGAAAGGGGAAAGGUGGGCGCGCUUGGUGCAGGUGGUGUCACGUGUGCGUGCGGAGCUGCGCUUCGUCACCUUCUGGGCCACUGCUGUGUUUACAGGCGGACUUUGCUGUAUGUUUACAAGGGUGUUUGCAGAAAGACAAAAUCAAAAUGCAGCUGGAGCAGCGACAGCAGUCCUGCCCAGGUGGAACGUGUUGCUGAUGGUCGCUAUAAAUUAAACUAACUGCACUA